UUUUGCAGCACAAAUCAAAGUUGAUCAUGGAAAGGGAUACUUCGUUUGUCAAUAUUAACGUGUUAUUUUUUGCAAAAAGUCGUGAAUUAGCAAAAACAUCUCGAGCAGAAUUUACUGUUAAAUCUGUGCUCAUAGCAAGGAACUUGUUGAAUCAAUUGAUAGAUCGCUUCAACUUGAACACGAUAAGCAACAAUUUGAUUCUAGCUCACAACGAAAACUAUAUUGAAAACCUGGACACGGAGAUCAAUUUACAAAAAGGAGACGAGAUUGCUGUUAUUCCGCCUAUAAGUGGCGGGUAAUAAAAUGGACCACAUUCAACUGCUUAACGACAAGAUUGACAUUAAUCUUAUCCAUCAACUGUUAAUCGAUCAAAGUUGCGGUGCUUGUUCCGUUUUUCUUGGCACAACACGUGACAACUUUGAGGGAAAAAAUGUUAUAUCAUUGGAAUAUGAAGCUUAUGAGAACAUGGCUUUAAAAGAAAUGGGUAAAAUCUGCACUGAUUUACGAGUUCGCUGGCCAAGUCUUAAGCAUAUCGUGAUAUACCACCGACUCGGAAUCGUUCCUGUGAGCGAAGUUAGUGUAGUGAUUGCCGCUUCUGCACCACAUCGUGUAGCUGCAUUGGAAUCUGUCAACUUUGCCAUAGAUCAGCUGAAGUCACGUGUGCCUAUAUGGAAAAAGGAAGUGUAUGAAAAAGACCUAAUCGGAGAGUGGAAGGCAAAUGUCGAGUGCCCUUGGCCCCAAUAUUCAAAAACAUCUUUAAGGACUUUCGAAUUCUUUUCUUGCAAAAUUGAUCAGAAAACUGAAAAUAUUCCAGAUAAGUUAGUACAAAUCAGAGUCGAUGACAGCGAGCUAAACAGACGUGUGAAAUGUUUUUUAAAAA